GCUGCCUAAGGCGGAAGUGGGAGCCACCGGCCUCCCGGGCGGAACUACCGCUCCCAGGGGCGCCCGCGGCGCCGCGCACGCGCGCUGGCGUGGCGGCAUCGCCGCUGCAGGACGCAGGGAAGCCAACAGGCGAGUGGCGAAGGUGGCGGCAGCGGCGGCGGGGGUAGUCACCGGCGAAGGCGACGGCUCCGAGGCCGAGUGGCGGUCCGGCAGAGUCCUCCGUGUCCUCCUCCGCAUGAGCCCCGUGGAUCUGGCUCUGUCACCCAGGCUCGAGUGCAGUGACGUGAUCUCAGCUCACUGUAACCUCCACCUCCCGGGUUCAAGCGAUCCUCCCAUCUGAGCCUUCCAAGUAGCUGGGAUUCAGUGAUCAGUCUUUGAGCCUUUCCCACACUGAAGAUGGUGAAGCUAGAUAUUCAUACUCUGGCUCAUCACCUCAAGCAGGAACGCUUAUAUGUAAACUCUGAGAAACAGCUUAUUCAGAGGCUCAAUGCAGAUGUACUUAAGACAGCUGAAAAGCUGUAUCGUACAGCAUGGAUUGCGAAGCAACAGAGAAUCAAUUUGGAUCGGCUUAUCAUAACCAGUGCUGAAGCUUCCCCUGCUGAAUGUUGCCAACAUGCCAAAAUUUUGGAAGAUACACAAUUUGUUGAUGGGUAUAAGCAAUUGGGAUUUCAGGAGACUGCUUAUGGAGAAUUCUUGAGUCGAUUAAGGGAAAAUCCUCGUCUUAUUGCCUCCUCUUUGGUUGCUGGAGAGAAACUUAAUCAGGAGAACACACAAAGUGUUAUUUACACAGUUUUUACGUCCCUGUAUGGCAAUUGCAUCAUGCAAGAAGAUGAAAGCUACCUCCUUCAGGUUUUGCGAUACUUGAUUGAAUUUGAACUUAAAGAAAGUGACAACCCUAGGCGACUUUUGAGGAGAGGAACUUGUGCCUUCAGCAUCUUAUUUAAACUUUUUUCUGAAGGACUGUUUUCUGCCAAACUUUUCCUCACAGCCACUUUACAUGAGCCAAUUAUGCAACUCCUUGUUGAAGAUGAAGAUCACCUGGAAACAGAUCCAAACAAGCUAAUUGAGAGGUUCUCCCCAUCUCAGCAGGAAAAACUCUUUGGAGAGAAGGGCUCAGACAGAUUCAGGCAAAAAGUUCAAGAAAUGGUGGAGUCCAAUGAAGCCAAACUAGUGGCUUUGGUGAACAAAUUUAUUGGUUAUCUCAAACAGAACACAUAUUGUUUUCCACAUAGUUUAAGGUGGAUCGUGUCUCAGAUGUAUAAAACCCUCUCCUGUGUAGAUAGGCUGGAAGUAGGGGAGGUCCGGGCAAUGUGUACUGAUCUCCUGUUGGCCUGCUUCAUUUGUCCUGCAGUUGUCAAUCCAGAACAGUAUGGAAUAAUUUCUGAUGCUCCUAUUAAUGAGGUAGCACGAUUUAAUCUGAUGCAGGUAGGCCGCCUUUUGCAGCAGUUAGCAAUGACUGGCUCUGAAGAAGGAGAUCCCCGAACAAAGAGCAGCCUUGGAAAAUUUGACAAAAGCUGUGUUGCCGCGUUCCUUGAUGUUGUGAUUGGGGGCCGUGCAGUGGAGACCCCUCCAUUGUCUUCCGUUAAUCUUCUGGAAGGAUUGAGCAGAACUGUGGUUUAUAUAACCUAUAGUCAGCUUAUUACUCUGGUGAAUUUUAUGAAGAGUGUGAUGUCUGGAGAUCAACUGAGAGAAGAUAGAAUGGCUCUUGACAAUUUAUUGGCAAACCUACCCCCGGCCAAGCCAGGAAAAAGCAGCAGUUUAGAAAUGACUCCCUACAAUACGCCUCAGCUGUCUCCGGCAACCACUCCAGCAAAUAAAAAGAAUCGAUUACCUAUAGCAACUCGGAGCAGAAGCCGCACCAACAUGCUAAUGGACCUACAUAUGGACCAUGAAGGAUCAUCUCAAGAAACGAUCCAGGAGGUGCAACCAGAAGAGGUGUUGGUCAUUUCCUUAGGGACAGGUCCCCAGCUUACUCCAGGGAUGAUGUCAGAAAAUGAGGUUCUAAACAUGCAUCUUUCGGAUGGAGGACAAGGCGAUGUCCCUGUUGAUGAAAACAAACUCCAUGGUAAACCUGAUAAAACCUUGCGCUUUUCCCUCUGCAGUGAUAAUCUGGAAGGAAUAUCUGAAGGUCCUUCAAAUCGCUCCAAUUCAGUGUCCUCCCUAGACCUGGAAGGAGAGUCUGUGUCAGAACUUGGAGCAGGACCUUCUGGCAGUAAUGGAGUUGAAGCUCUACAACUGUUAGAACAUGAGCAAGCUACAACACAGGAUAACCUUGAUGAUAAGCUAAGGAAGUUUGAAAUUCGUGACAUGAUGGGAUUAACAGAUGAUAGGGACAUAUCAGAAACAGUGAGUGAGACCUGGAGUACAGACGUCUUGGGGAGUGACUUUGACCCUAAUAUUGAUGAAGAUCGCUUGCAAGAAAUUGCAGGUGCUGCAGCAGAGAACAUGUUAGGCAGUUUACUGUGCCUCCCAGGUUCAGGGUCAGUGCUUCUUGACCCCUGCACUGGUUCUACCAUAUCAGAGACAACAAGUGAAGCUUGGAGUGUAGAGGUAUUGCCAAGUGACUCAGAGGCCCCAGACCUAAAGCAGGAGGAGCGUCUACAAGAACUGGAGAGCUGUUCUGGACUGGGUAGCACAUCUGAUGAUACGGAUGUCAGGGAGGUCAGUUCCCGCCCCAGCACACCAGGCCUCAGUGUUGUGUCCGGCAUAAGUGCAACCUCUGAGGAUAUUCCCAAUAAGAUUGAAGACUUGAGAUCUGAAUGCAGCUCUGAUUUUGGGGGUAAAGAUUCUGUCACUAGUCCAGACAUGGAUGAAAUAACUCAUGGUGCCCACCAGCUGACCUCUCCUCCUUCUCAGUCAGAGUCUCUGCUGGCCAUGUUUGAUCCACUGUCUUCACAUGAAGGGGCUUCUGCUGUGGUAAGGCCAAAGGUUCACUAUGCUAGGCCAUCGCAUCCACCACCAGAUCCCCCAAUCCUGGAAGGAGCUGUGGGAGGAAAUGAGGCCAGGUUGCCAAACUUUGGUUCCCAUGUUUUAACUCCAGCCGAAUUGGAGGCAUUCAAGCAAAGGCAUUCUUACCCUGAGAGACUAGUUCGAAGCAGGAGCUCUGAUAUAGUAUCUUCUGUCCGGAGACCCAUGAGUGACCCCAGCUGGAACCGGCGUCCAGGAAAUGAAGAGCGAGAACUCCCUCCAGCUGCAGUCAUUGGUGCUACUUCUUUGGUGGCUGCACCUCAUUCAUCAUCUUCAUCCCCGAGUAAGGACUCCUCAAGAGGAGAGACUGAAGAACGCAAAGAUAGCGAUGAUGAGAAAUCAGACAGAAACAGACCUUGGUGGAGAAAACGUUUUGUUUCAGCCAUGCCUAAAGCUCCUAUACCAUUUAGAAAGAAAGAAAAACAAGAAAAAGACAAAGAUGAUCUGGGGCCUGACAGAUUCUCAACACUCACAGAUGAUCCCAGCCCUAGACUCAGUGCACAAGCUCAGGUCGCUGAGGAUAUUCUGGACAAAUACAGGAAUGCCAUUAAACGGACCAGCCCCAGUGAUGGAGCAAUGGCAAACUAUGAAAGUACAGAGGUUUUGGGUGAUGGUGAAAGUGCACAUGAUUCUCCCCGUGACGAGGCACUGCAGAACAUCUCAGCUGAUGAUCUCCCAGACUCUGCGAGCCAGGCAGCCCACCCGCAGGAUUCAGCUUUCUCUUACAGAGAUGCGAAAAAGAAACUGAGGCUUGCUCUUUGCUCUGCGGACUCUGUUGCCUUCCCAGUGCUGACCCACUCAACAAGGAAUGGUUUACCAGACCACACAGACCCAGAAGACAAUGAAAUUGUAUGCUUCUUAAAAGUUCAAAUAGCUGAAGCAAUUAAUUUACAAGAUAAGAACUUAAUGGCUCAACUUCAAGAAACAAUGCGCUGUGUGUGCCGUUUUGAUAAUAGAACUUGUAGGAAACUGCUGGCUUCUAUUGCUGAGGACUACAGAAAAAGAGCCCCAUAUAUUGCUUAUCUCACUCGUUGUCGACAAGGACUACAGACUACACAGGCUCACCUGGAAAGGCUAUUGCAAAGGGUUUUGCGAGACAAAGAAGUGGCCAAUCGAUACUUUACCACCGUCUGUGUGAGAUUACUGCUUGAGAGCAAAGAAAAGAAGAUCAGGGAAUUCAUUCAAGACUUUCAGAAACUCACCGCAGCUGAUGAUAAAACUGCUCAGGUAGAAGAUUUUCUGCAGUUUCUUUAUGGUGCAAUGGCCCAGGAUGUCAUAUGGCAAAACGCAAGUGAAGAACAGCUUCAAGAUGCACAGCUGGCCAUUGAGCGAAGCGUGAUGAACCGGAUUUUCAAGCUCGCCUUCUACCCUAAUCAGGAUGGGGACAUACUUCGCGACCAGGUUCUUCAUGAACAUAUCCAGAGAUUAUCUAAAGUAGUGACUGCAAAUCACAGAGCUCUUCAGAUACCAGAGGUUUAUCUUCGAGAAGCACCAUGGCCAUCUGCACAAUCAGAAAUCAGGACAAUAAGUGCUUAUAAAACCCCCCGGGACAAAGUGCAGUGCAUCCUGAGAAUGUGCUCUACGAUUAUGAACCUCCUGAGCCUGGCCAAUGAGGACUCUGUCCCUGGAGCAGAUGACUUUGUUCCUGUGUUGGUGUUUGUGUUGAUAAAGGCAAAUCCACCCUGUUUGCUGUCUACUGUGCAGUAUAUCAGUAGCUUUUAUGCUAGCUGUCUGUCUGGAGAGGAGUCCUAUUGGUGGAUGCAGUUCACAGCAGCAGUAGAAUUCAUUAAAACCAUCGAUGACCGAAAGUGACCAAGACCAAGGCCCACCAAGGCAGCAGACUGUUAAUCAAACAAACAGAUCUCUAAGAAGGCGCAUCAGCUGCUUUGAAGGCCGAAGAUUGUUUUUGUAUAAUAUUGUACAGCUUCAGGCAUUUUAAAGCAGAUCUUUACUAAACAGGUUAAUGAGCUAACAAGCAGGUUCUCUCGUCUUUGGGCUCUUUCCUUUCUGAGUUGCAUAUUCUAUUUUCUUGUCCCCAAGUAGAGACUAGUACUACAAAAAGGGACCACAUUUUUCAGGUAUUUCUAAAUAUUAAAAAACAGAACAAAAAUCUCUUAGAAAAUUUCUAGACCUCCAUUCUUGGAUGCCCUUUCUUUCCUUUUAUUUUAAAAAAGAACAGUACCCCUCUUUUAAGAUGCUGUCUUAUAUUAAUGUGCAUCUAAUGGAAAGAAGAUAUGAGUUGCACUGAGGAUUAUAAUAGUGGUACAUUAGUGGCAUUAUCUAUAAAUACACUCACCUAAAUUGAAAAGCUAAGAAGGAAAUGUAAAUAUAAUAUAUAUUUAUAUUUGAUGUAAUAUGGACAUCUGCAGAUUCUAAUAAACAAGGACUAUUGCUGAUAGUAGGCUGUGACAUACUGUCUUGUGAAAUGGUUUCCUUGACAAGAUUUAAGCUGAGCUUAAAAGUAAAAAACAAAAAGUACACAGAAAUAUUUAUUAAAAUGUAAUACAGUUUAUUGGACUUUCUAAGUAUGGCGUUUGAUGGACAGGGCUGUCUUUAAUGAGUGUGAAAGUUACUAAGUCACUUAGACAUCUCACCGUGGAAGUUUGUGAGCCUGCAUUAGGAGAUAGACUGAUUACCAUACACGACGUAAAAAGGAACAGUGGAUAGCUCAUACUUUAUGGUGGUUCUUCUCCUCCGAAAUAAUAUACUGCAGAAAUCCCAGACAGAGCUCCUUACAAACCUUUAAUUGUAAUAUAUUUUUGAUGAUUAUUCACAUUGAAUGCACAGACCAAGAAUUCAGUGAAUGUCAUUUUUUAAAAAACUAAUUUGUAUUGUUUGCUCUAGUGAUACAAGUUUUACUAGUGAUAAACUAUUUUAAUCAACCAUACUAUUCUUACGGAAAAAAAAAAAUCUAUUUUGGCAGGUUUCUGUGCCUUUAUUUCCCUCUUCUGAAAAAAAGUCUGUGUUUUCAUAGUUUGGUUUGCAUUGUAUAUCAAUAAUUAAUCAGGAAUGGUUUUUGGUGCCUGAAAAAUUGGCCAAGGAGGCACACCAAAGCUUCAAGCACAAGUCUUGUACGUGGGCCAUCACUGUCUGGUUUCACUUUGUGUGUUUCCUAAACACAUUUAGCUGCUUUUAUAACAAACUCAGCCCCAUACUUGAGUCCCUUGUUGUUGGGAGCAUUUCCAGGCAUCUUUUAAGGAAACUGUGACAAACAGCCUUGGGCAGAUGAAUACGGAGGCUGUCUGCUGUCCGUCUCUGAGAUCUUCGUGUCUGGGAAUGCCUAAAGAUUUUAUUUUUUUUCUUUGUUUUUAUUUUAUUUUUUGAGACAGAGUCUCAUCCUGUCGCCCAGGCUGGAGCGCAGUGGUGCGAUCUUGGCCCACUGCAACCUCCACCUCCCGGUUCAAGUGAUUCCCCUGCCUCAGCCUCCCAAGUAGCUGGAACUAUAGGCGUGUGCCACCACGCCCAGCUAAUUUUUGUAUUUUUAGUAGAAACGAGGUUUCACCAUGUUGGCCAGUAUGGUCUUGAUCUCCUGACCUCGUGAUCCACCCGCCUUUGCCUUCCAAAGUGCUGGGAUUACAGGCAUGAGCCACCGCACCCAGCCAGAAACUAGAUUUUCUUUAUGUCUCCACCCCUUCUUAUUCAUUUACUUUACAAUACCAAAAUAAAUUGCAUAGGAGUGUGGGAUGUGGUUUCUGCCUUCUAGAGAGAGAUGAGAAUUAAACUAGUACUACGAAAUAUCCUUUUGAAUGUUAGGUCAAGAAAUCCAUGUACAGAGUCGUGAGCUUCAUGGGCUGUAACUGCCAAACUUGCCCUGUGUUAGAAGUUAAAUCCCAUCGUAAAUACAUCACGAGGCCAGCUGUGUGAUCUGAGACCUAGAUGGGAGUUCAUUUACUUCAGCCUUUGAUUGAGUAAAUGUUAAGCAGAAGACUUCGAAUGGUUGAAAUUCAUUGUUACAGGAUUUUACUCAUAAACCAGUGAGAGAUUUUUUUUUCUCCACAAUGGUUGCUAAGUCUAUUCCAUGUUAACACUGUGGAAAUAAAUAUGAAGAUGUGGACAUUGCAUUGGGGCUCUUUUCUGUGGAAGAGAAGGUGGUGGGAUUGGGGUGAAGGGCUACACUGAAGGCAGGAGAUAGGGCUCUGCCUUGUUGGAGCCAGGGCUGAGGAUAGACCCCCAGAGAUUUGGUAUCUGUGACACCUCUAAAAUAGGUUCGGGUGCUCAUGACUCUGUAACUGGCGGAGGAGCACAGCACAGCUGUUGCAGGGGCGGCUAAGGUUUCCUCUGAACAUACUGUCAGGAGCAAGGACUACUUCGGCAUUAACCAUCACUGGUUUGAUUUCUUGACAGGUACAUGAGAUGGGGAGUGAUCUGAUUUUUUUUUUUUUUUUUAGAAAAGAGGAAUAGUUGUUCCCCAAGUGUUUCUUCCUCCAUUGCCCUCCCAUACUUGUUUUACACGAAAGAUUAGUGUAAAAGUGCAAAAUCAGCCCUGGAAACAUUCGGUAGCCACCGAUUACUACAUACAAUUUACAAAGUGGAUGUUAAAUGGAGAGAGAGUUGGCUCAGUGCCCCUGAAAUCUUGUAGGAUUAACUUCUCUGAGGAAAAGAAAAACCAAGUUUGCAUUUUGUAUUAACAUUCUGCUUUUAGAAGUAAUAGAAAUACAAGUUGAAGAUUAUCUUUACUUACAAAAUUAUAUUUUAAUUUUUUUUGAGACACAGUCUUUCUCUGUCACCCAGUCAGGAGUGCAGUGGCGUGAUCUCGGCUCACUGCAACCACCGUCUCCCAGUCUCAAGUGAUUCUCAUGGCUCAGCCGCCCUGGUUGCUCAGAUUACAAGUGUGUGCCACCACACCCAGCUAAUUUUUUGUAUUUUUUUGGUAGAGACAGGGUUUUGCCAUGUUGGCCAGGCUGGUCUUGAACUCCCGGCCUCAAGUGAUCCGCCUGCCUCAGGUUCCCAAAGUGCUGGGAUUACAGGCGUGAGCCACCGCGCCCAACCACAAAAUUAUAUAUAUAUAUUUAAACAUGUCAAACAUUUUGCUUGCUUGCUUCAUUUUAGGUAAAAUCUCAGCCACAGUAAUUGCUUUCUUCUGCUUUUUCUUUAUAAAAACCUGCUUAUGAAAGCCUUCUUAUACAGAUAGUUAAAUCGCUGUAGUAGGAGGCUCAGGUUUUCUCAGGGAUUACAAAUAGGUAUGCUGCAUGGUUUUUCUUUUCCUAUGUCCUGGAAGCCUUUGUUUAAAGUGGGCUUUACAAAUGUGUCCCUGAGGUCCAUGAUCAAGAGAACAAUCCCAGCCCGAAUACAGGGGCUGUGUUCUUGCCGUAAGAAUCUGUAGCUGACUGGUGUGCUGUCCCCUGGCACUCUUUUUCCUGUUGUUUGCUAUGGGAAUUUCCACUUUGGAGCAAGUAAGAUCACCUAGGUGUUUUAAAAUUGUUUUUCUCCUAUGUGAUUGGGUGUGAAGAGGGAAAGUAGGAAUACACUCAGAAUUAUUACUGGAUUGCACAGAAGUGAUAGAAGUGUAGUGGGAUUCACUUCCUCAAUUGGUGCUUCCUAGAUUUUUCUCUCCUGUCUCUUCCUGCUUUGUUUCUUUAAAGGAAAAUCUGUUGUCUCUCUUUUUAAAUAUUUAGUGAGUUUAUUUUGUACACAAUUGCUUUAAUUUUGAGGAAAGUAAAUCCAAAAUGAUCUUGAAGCCCAAAGGAUUUUUAGUAAGUGGAUUAACAGUGAUGAGGUAUUUGCGAUACUCUAAAUGCCAAAAUGCUUGAGAACUUUGCCAGGUUAAAAAUUACUUAAUAUAUUUUAGAAUGUAAGUUAGAAAGUAGUAGGACAAGGAAUAGCUUUAUUGCUCUUGAGAACACUUGGAGAAAUGAAAAUAUAGUUUGCUUCCGUGUUAAGUUGUGAUUGAGCUAUGGAGUGACCCUGGAGCUGCCGCAUUCCACAGGCCUGACCUCAUCAAGGGUUCAAUUCAAGAGGACGUCUCCACUUGGAUAAUGGCAGACAGUGUGGGUAGGGGCCGUGCACCAGGGGAAUUCAUCUCUGUCAAAUUAAUACUCUCCUGUCUACUGGAUUCUUCUUGUGCUUCACCUGGAUUAAAAAGCUGUACUGCCUCUUUUGAAACUGAUGAAACCUUUCUAUAAGUCUCAAUUAAUGAGCUUGCACAAUCUUGUAUAUGUACAGGGAACCCAUCCUGUCUCCUAAUGUGAGUAGUACUGUAAAACAUUCUAUAAAACUGAUUAAAAAGGGAGAGCAGUUUGAUUC